GGGCUUCUAUCAUGACCGAUUAGAGUGAUGGACAAGUUUUAGAGAUCCCUUUCUGCCAAAGUUAACUCUAUAUGAACCAAGAUUAUUAAAAAAGAUGGAGUCGAGCUCAGACAGUCGACUAAAAUUGUGAAAUUACCUUUAUAGCCCGCCAUUGUAAUACAAAUCUACUAUUAUUGUGUGAUUUUUGAGUUCAAUUGGAGGAAUAAAGGGGUGAAUAAGAUGGAAUUGAGUCCUCGUGAUGAUAAGAGGGCUCAGAUUCUGAAUUUGACCAACGGUGUUGGAUAUGGCGAUACUCACAUGACUGGAGUAAAGAGCAGCCAUCAAUCAGAGGCAAGCAGUAGCAAGUGUCAUUCUCCUUCAUACUCUCUAGGUUCAUCAAGCAAGUGUAGACAUCAGAAUCAUGGUGGUGGUUUUGUCACCAGUUGCAAGCAUGUCACUUGUAAAGUUUGCUUAAGAGCUCAUGUGGCAUCCCUAGUAGAGAAGUCAAUGACAACACUGGAACCCUCAUAUGAUGUAAUCAGGAUACAAUUGCUAUGCCCAGAUCAGAGGUGCGGGAUGGAGCUCAGUAAAGCAGACAUAAUUGAUUUACUUGAUAUUGAUACUGUGAAGAAAUAUGAGAGUUGGAUAAGAACUGCGUGUAGAGAUCUUUACUGUUUGCCAUCUAGUGACAAUAGGAUUUGUUGUAUCAAGUGUAAAGACAGGAUGGCGAAAAAUUGCUCAAGCAUGUCCUCCAUGAAAGGAAAAGGAAUGAAUAACAAUGAGGCAAAUCAAUCACACAGUACAGCAUAUAAUGACAGUAUCCAAUGCCAAGAUUCAUGGGUAUGCACAAAUUGUGACUUUUCUAGGUGUGUUGCAUGUGGGUUUGCCUUUGAAACUCAGAGUAAGCAAAGUGGAUGCACAGGUGGUCAUGUUUGUAGAGAAGCAACAAAUUACAGAAUCAAUAAUCUAGUGACAGAUCUCGAAGUGAUUUACAAUGAGUAUAUCACAGGAACUGUUAAAUCUGAUCCACCGCCUGGUACAUCUUGUGAUAAGAAUACCACAGGAACAAUUAAUUCUGAGAAUCAACCUAGUACAACAAGUUUUAAUACUGAUUCGAGUGGGACUCCUUUUCCUUUAUCAGAUCAAUAUGGUUCUAUGGAAAAUAUUAAGACUGUCUGGGGACCAGGUACUGGAUUUGGUGGUAACAGACAUGAAGAUAAUUCAACAGAGGAGAAUGUAAGAAAGGUAGAAAAGGAACUUGACUGCCAGGCAGGAAGUGUGCUGAAAUCUCUAACAGAUGUUCUUCAGAAUAGAGCUGCAAACCAGCUUCAACCCAUUUUAGGGUUUUCGGCUCAUGUUCUGCUUGGUCAGGAAAAUGUAGUUGGCCGAUUUCUAGAAUACUUAGUGACCAAUGAUUCCAUGAUGGAUAUCUGUGGUAGGAGUGAAUUGUAUCUUCAGCUGGCAGACCUGUUGAAAACCUUGGCACAAUACCCAGAACUUUUGAUGUUGCUGAUGGGAUCCUGCUUCCAGUCUGUCAGAAAAGGAGGUUCUAUUGUGCAUUGUAACACAGUCAAUGAUUCUUCUAUCAUAAUGAAAAUGAAGAAAAUAUAUGAGCAAGCAAAGAUCAUUGUCAAUCGAUUUACAGAUGGAAAUGAUGACAUAAACAUGGAAACCGAUUUCCAUGCGGCUAGGUGUCUUUUGGAGUGCUAUGAGAAAUUAUCAGUUGCAGCUGAGAAGCAAGCUUCCGUCACAGAAUGUGAUCUUUCUGAUUCAGGGGAUACAUGUUCAAGAAUGGCAGAAGAUGGGGAAGUGGUUUCAGAUCAGACUACUUCUGUUUCAAAAGAGGAAGGUUCCAUAAACAUGGAAGAUAAAGUCAAUUCUGACCAUCAUAAGAAUGUCUUGUUAUAUAAAGAGGGUUUAAAGAAGCUUCAAUUUAGUGAGUAUCCUUUGAUUGGAGCAGGUUCUCAAGGUCACACCUACAGCAAGUAUUUUGAUGAGUCAGGGGCAAACCCGCAGAGCAUUGAUAACACAGGUGUGCACAAUAAGAAAAGGAUGUUGUAUAUUCUUAAAGAGACAGCUUCCUUGACCACAAGUCUUCCUCUGGAGUGGGAAUCUAGUAUACAUGUACGUGUGGAUCCUGUGAGGAUGGAUUUGUUGAAAGCCUUGAUAGUGGGUCCUAAAGGAACUCCAUACCAAAAUGGAGUCUUUAUAUUUGAUAUUUAUCUUCCACCAGACUAUCCUCAAGUGCCACCUCAAGUACAUUUUCUUACAACAGGAUGUGGAAUGGUGCGUUUUAAUCCGAAUCUAUAUAAUAGUGGAAAGGUCUGCUUAAGUUUGCUUGGAACAUGGGAUGGUCCUGGCUGGCAACCAUGGAGGUCCACGAUUUUGCAAGUUCUUGUUUCAAUUCAGAGCUUGAUAUUUGUAGCAGAUCCAUUCUACAACGAACCAGGAAAUGAGAUGUGGACAGAAGAUGACGAUGAAGAAGAUAAAGAUGAUUAUGGUAAUUAUUCUGCUUGCGAUGCUGCUGAAGAAGAAAAUAGAAGCCACAGAUAUAAUACUUUGAAAAUCGCUAUUCUUGGUGCACUUCAGGAGCCAGAUCCUAGCUUUAAAGAUGUAAUUAUAACGCACUUUCUACACAAGAAAGAUGAGAUAAUAAAUCAGUGCAAUGAUUGGAGAAAAGCUAGUGGUGGGCCCAAACACCCACUGUAUAAGAAGGUUGAGAACACUGCAAAUGAAGUAGUGGCAGAAUUGGCCAAGGUUUCACCACUUUAGUGGAAAACCCAACAUUUUUAGCAAUAAUUUAAUUGCUGAAAUUCACUGCAAAUGAGGUAAUUGCAGAACCGGCCAAGGUGUCACCACUUUUGUGGAGAAACCAACAUUUUUAGCAAUAAUUUAUUGUUGAAAGUUGGAACUCAUGACAUUUUCUCUCUUGGUACAUUCUUAUAUUCAGUGACAUGCUUAAUAUUCCAAUAUUCCAUAAUUAUUCCACACCUGGAUGGAUAUCAUAGUAUGAAAUGAUACUAUAUAUUAGAAUUCAGGGCGGGAGUUAUGCUAGCAAUAUUUGCUAACGAACUUUAUUUUUAUGUUCUUCCAAUUUUCUUUUUCCUAAUUGGCUUUGUAUAUAUUUGGAAAUCUAGUGAACAGUUUUUAGUUCAAUUACAAAAGAAAUUCUGUCCAAUGCAUCAUGUUUGACAGCACACGAUUCUUUGGUCCUAUUUACAACUUUUUGUUCGUGUU